AUGAACGCCAUCAAGCAGAAUUGCCGCAAAGUUAUGUGCAUAGGCCGCAACUACGCCGAUCACGUAACGGAACUCUCCAAUCAACGCCCCAAACAACCCUUCUUCUUUCUCAAACCCCCCUCCUCCAUCCUCCUCCCCACCGAAGGUCCCAUCCUCCGUCCCUCAGGCGUAGAUCUCCACUACGAAAUCGAACUCGCAAUCGUAAUGGGCAAGACCGUCCGGGAUCUCGACGAGAACGACGAGAGCGCAUGGAUGGACGCUAUAGGUUCAUACCUCCUAGCCAUUGACAUGACAGGUCGCAAUGUUCAAGACGAAGCGAAGAAGAAAGGUUUACCGUGGAGUAUCGCAAAAGGGUUCGAUACGUUCUUACCAGUUUCGGGACCAAUUGAGAAGAGUGUGAUCAAGAAUCCGCAUAAUGUCGAGUUGUGGUUGAAAGUCAAUGGGCAGAUGAGGCAGAAUGAUAAUACGGWGUUGAUGUUGUUCRGGAUUGGGAGACAAUUGGCGGAUAUUUCGAAAGUCAUGACGUUGGAGAAGGGAGACAUUGUGUUGACGGGUACGCCGAAGGGUGUUGGAUCGGUAGUGACCGGAGAUGUACUAGAAGCUGGUUUGAAGGUUGAUGGGAAGGAGGUGGAGAAGGCGAGGAUGCGGGUUGAGGUGGCAGAUCGGGGUGGAAAGUAUGAGUUCGCUGAGACAUAG